GACUCGAUCAACAUCGAUCAAGCUCGACUCGAAUACUGCUCAAUCACACUCUCGCCUCCAAGAUUGCACGAUUUUGACUUUCUUUUCUCACCAUGGAUGCAGCUACUGAGACUUGUGCUACCUGCACACUGACUGCGAAUCUUGCCAAUCUCAAUCACAUUUUGUCCACCAACGACUUUUCCGUCCCUGAUAAUUUGCAUCCCUAUAUCAAUGGCAAUCUCUACCCCACAUCCACCGUUUGUAUUGAAAUCAAGCAGUCCCUUGAACGGUUAACCAAACGCUUCGAAGAAGUGCUUGCACACCAGCAGAAUAUUAUCUCGCAGGUUGCUUUAAUGCUGAAGAAACACGAAGAAGCAUACGCAAAAACACAACUCCGCGCACGAGAAAUCAUGGACCGGCACAACUAUGCGCUCUCUUCCCCCAUUCGUUCUUUGUCGGAUGAUCUCCUGGCAGUCAUAUUCCAGUUCACCUCCCCCAGCGCUACGAUGAUGGAUCAAUUCCCUUGGAUUGCGACUAGAGUGUGCAGACAGUGGAGGGCUGUUGCCUACUCCAACCGGAUUCUAUGGUCAGAGUUUAAUCUGGAUUCUUCAUCCAUCACCGAUGACGGUCGGGGUCGGAGCUCGUCUACCCAGUCAGAGUGGAGGGAUUCGUCGAUGAUCUGGGAUGCUCGCUCUUGGUCUGCUUCACCGGAAGGUGAAAUGGAGAGAAAGCACCACGAGGUAGUCCGACCCACCGUAUCUAAGAGGGUUCUCAGUCAGACCCUCGAAUACUCGGGGAGUACACCUCUGACUCUCUCUGUGGAUUUCCCAAACGAUAUAGACAAUUAUGAGAUCGCCUUCGAUUAUUUGGAUAUGUUCAUCGCUCAGGCAGCACGAUGGCGAAAUGUCAGACUCCAUCUACCGGGCUUCCUUUUCGAAAGUCUUCCUCUCGUCAAAAACGGCUUGCCGAUGCUUGAAAGUCUCGAACUCGUCGUGAGGAGUCAGGUCAGGGAUCCUAUCCCAGCCGACACCUUCGCCAACGCUCAGAGCUUGAACAGCGUUACCUUUGAUGUCCUUUCUGAUGUCGAGUUCAUCUUUCCGUGGAAACAGCUGAAAGAAUUAUCAAUUUGCACAUUUCUCUUAUCACCGAACUACUACCUUCAAAUCUUACAUGAUGGGUCCUAUCUUGAGACGCUGUGUCUUAAAUUGCGGCCAGGUUUCAGCGAGCUGACCACCGCCAAGCCCAGCUUUGGCACCCGUCCUCAGACUGUAAUCACACUACCACGUCUUCGAGUGCUCGAAAUCGGUUCAGAACUGAGCUCGCUGCUUAAUUCCAUAUGCCUUCCCAAUCUCUCAUCGUUGACUGUUCACGGGGAUGCAGAUAGCAUAGAACUCGACUUGUCCUCCUUCAUCGAAAGGUCAUGCAGCACUGUGGACAAUUUCUCAUGUUCUUCUACCCCUAUUGCAGCUGGUUUCACUCGGCUUCUCCGCGUGUUUCCUUCUCUGACAUCGCUAACCUUAUGUUCCCCGACUUUCGAGGACAAAGCUUUCUUUUCCGCAAUGGCACAGAAAUCCCUCCUCCCUUCCCUCGAGAAUUUCACUAUCCAUGAUGCCAGCAUCACUCGCGACUGCAUGGUACCCAUCAUCGACAUGUUGGCCGCUCGACAGAGUUGCCUGAAACAAUUUCUCAUGAUUCGUUUGUUGCCAUCAGAAGACGGUUGGGGCCAGUGGGAUAUUGAUUGGUGGUUAGAGCCCUCGGAGAAAUCACGGUUGGAGGCAUUAUUGAACGCGGGGAUGAAUAUUCAGAUUGGAAUAAAACAUUCCCGUUUCUUGGGGAGUCCUGAGAUUUCGUACUUGAAUCUAGGUGCACAAAAGGAAUGGGACCCAUGGCAGAGCUGGGACUCUCUUGCCGGUUGGGCAUGAAGAUUAACGUUGGGAUGUACUGUAAUUGUGCAGAAUAUAGAUACAGCUACAUCAUGAUUUCUCACCUCCAUUUAGGCGAGGAAGAAGAUGCCUUUUGGUCCUAGCCAAUCUCUCUGAUUUUCCUUACAGAAUCUGUACAUACUUGUUCCAUAUUGUGUAAUUGAGCACUGGUAUUCACAUCUGUAC